UCCUACCCCUGUUAAGGGCACAGCGACAUUUGACUUGCACCGUUCCAGUCGGAGAACUGCUCAGUGCUUUCUCUCUCUCUCCCUCUCUCUCUGUAUCCCCGCCGCGGUCGCCUGCUUUUCGAGAGAGCAAUGGGAAGCCACGGUUUCGGCGAGACGGAAAGAUUGAAGAAGUGUAAGAGUUUCCAGGAACUCCGUGUGGCCAAGACGCAGAGCGCCCUGCCCCGCAAAGGAUGGGGUUCGGUUCUAGCGGGCAGCGAGAUGCAACGACAGCAGAGCAGGUUGCCGGCCAAGAGGGACAAGGAGAAGAGGCGUCAGGACCACCGGACAGUACAGAGCCAGCGCUCCAAGCCCGGCACCAGCAGCACCAGGCUAGCCAGUCCCACUGGGAACAUGUACGAGCCCCGACCCGCCAGGUCCUUCUCGGCGGUGGAAGCCCGGGCUGCGAUGCGCUCAGUGCUGGAGGCCAAGCUGAACGGUGCCAAGUAUGAGCCCCAGGGCUCUGCGCUGGCGGCCGUGGAACUGGCCGAGUGUGUGAAGAAGGCAGUGAAAGCUUUGGGUUACGAGAGGUACAAGAUCGUGUGCUACUUGGUGCUGGGGGCGACGAGGCCCUCUGGUCUCUCGUGUUCCAGCAGAGCCGUGUGGAGUCCGGCCGUCGACACCUAUGCUGAAUUUUGCUUCCAGAACGAUUCGCUGUUCGCACUCUGCCUGGUGUUUGCCUUGUACCACGAAUAACGUCCCGCAAGCUCUUGCAAAUCAUGGAAAUCGUUUGAAAAAUCGAAGAAAUUCUUAUCGCCCGAAAACUGCGAGAAAAAAAAAUCAGGAUUAAGGCUCCAACCGGAGACUCUUUCAGAUAUUGAGCGCUUGAAGGACUAUCCAAUGGUCGUCUAAUUACAGUAGGACUUGCUAGUUAAUAAAGCUAACAGUCUAGGGGCAUGUUAGAGAAUGGAUACAGAGAGACUGCUGAGACACAAGAGAUCAAACAGAAAGAAUGAAACACUGUAACCGGGUUGUUAUUCACCUAGCGCCCAGUCUGUUAUCAGAAAUGCAAGUUUAAAUUUCACACAAAUUCAGUUGCCAUUUGUUAUUUCUCCAUUUAUUGUUCAUCCUUUGCAUUUAAAAAAAGUUAAUUCAUCUCAGCGUUUCCUCUGUUUUCACAAAUCCACGAUUUCUGUAACGAAACCCAAAGCGUUUAGUGAAAUGUCGGAGCUCCAUCGCAACCUUAAAUAUUUAAAAUCUACCCCUGUGAAUCACGUGAGUUGAAUGUUUUCUUGAAAAAAGAAUGCAGAGGUCAUGCCAUUUGAUUUGCUAUUUACAUUUUCUUCUUCAGAUCUGCCUAAGUUUCACUCCAUUUCUAUCGGGCUUGUGCCAAUUGGCCAGAGUAGCUGCAACCUGGAAUGAUUCAUUGAUUCUAACUGUCACAUGUAUCAAGAUGCAGUGAAUGCUUUGUUUUGAAUACAACACGGUAAAAUCAUACAGCAGACCAACUAGGCAGUACACAAGAGUCGCCAUGUUUCUGGCACCAACAUAGUUUUAUCUUUUGCUAGCAGAAGCGAUCCAGGUCCCCCCUUCCAUCUAUGCGACCACCCCCGGCAGGGAGCUCUCGGCAGCGCAGAUCCCCUUCUCGUUUGCGAUGAUCAACCUUGCUCUCGACAGCCUCUUCGCUCUCGAUUGUCCACCUCAUUCUCGACAACUCGUGCAGAAGGGCAGUCAUCAAAUGCAGUUAGUUUCACGUACAAAGAUAUUCUCUACUGUUGCUCCAGUGUUCCCUGAUCAAAUGAAGACGGUGUAGCCAAUAAAGAGGAUCUCGCCAUACAAGAUUCAAGAUUCAAGAUUCAAUUUAAUUGUCAUUUGGACCCCUUGAGGUCCAAACGAAAUGCCGUUUCUGCAGCCAUACAUUACAAACAAAUAGACCCAAGACACAACAUAAUUUACAUAAACAUCCAUCACAUCGCUGUGAUGGAAGGCCAAAAAAACUUUUGAUACAGAGUUUGCUGGUGCUUUAAACUAGAAUAAUGGAGAGAUAGAACAGGAACAGACGCUUCGGCCCACAAUUUCUGUGCUGGACAUGAUGCCAAGCUAAACUAAUUUUAGUUGCUUGUACAUGGUCCAUAUCUCCCCAUUCCCUGCACAUCCAUGUGCAUGUCUAAAAGUAUUUUAAUGCCAGUAUCAUAUCUGCCUCAACCAGCACCUACUUAGGCAAUGCUUUUAUUUUGUGUAAUAUAAUAUUGUGUACUGUACCCUAUAAUGAUCAGUUUUGUUUCACUUUAUGAGUUGUUGUUAUCAGUUCCAGUAGGCACAUUGCAUGCUGAAAGAAAUCACAAAUAUUUAACAGUUUGUUCCCAACCCAACCUAUUUUAGAGUCAUAGAUUGAUGCAGUGUGGAAACAGGCCCUUCGGCCCAACUCUCCCCCACUAGCCAACACGUAAAAUCAUCAACUAUUCUAUUUAUUUCAAACAGUGCACAUAUUGUAUUGUGACUGACAUUUUUAUUUUUUGAACAAGUUAUUUGAAGAACUGCUCACAACAAGACCAAUUA